CGGUCCGACGAACCGUUUGGUUGGUUUGACAUCUCUACAAAUAUCGCACUCACUCUUUGUUCUACUCAAUGACUUCAUUUGUUCUUCUUGCGUGAUCGUCAAUUCUAGAUUCGAGCUACUUGCCGAUCUAGUUGUGUUCAGAACUCAUCAAAUAAUUUCUUCAAAUAUAGGCAUUUCCUCACUUCACAGGCCCCUUUACAAAGGAAUUACCAGUUUCCUUAUCCUUCCUCAUAUGUGCGUCACUAUAUCUUCAACUGAUAAAAUUCUAUUGUCUAUAAGCAUUCACUUGCACAGACCACAAGCAACAACAUGCAUUGACACAUGUACUAUGCAUAUGCUCACCUAGGGCUAAGGAAACAAGCAGGAGGUUUCUUUGUUCUGUUGCCACAGAAACCUUGCCAAAGCAGAUUGAGGAAUCCAAAAUGGAUAGACCAAAGGAGAUCUUUUUGAAGGAUUACAAGUUACCCGAUUACUAUUUUGAUACGGUGGAUUUGCAUUUUUUACUGGGUGAGGAGAAAACAAUUGUUAAUUCAAAAAUAAUUGUGUUCCCCAGAGUUGAAGGUUCUUCUUCCCCUUUAAUUUUGGAUGGACAAGAUCAAAAGCUGCUUUCAAUUAAGAUCAACAAGAAGGAACUGAAGGAGGAAGACUACCAUGUAGACUCACGCCAUUUGACACUCCCAACACCACCUGCUAGUACAUUUACAUUGGAAAUUGUUACUGAGAUAUAUCCUCAGGAGAACACAUCAUUAGAGGGGCUUUCCAAGUCGUCCGGGAAUUUCUUUACUCAAUGUGAGGCAGAGGGUUUCCGUAAAAUCACAUAUUAUCAGGAUCGGCCUGAUAUAAUGGCAAAAUACACAUGCCGCAUAGAAGCUGACAAGUCUUUGUACCCAUUGUUGCUAUCUAAUGGAAAUCUCAUACAGCAAGGGGAGCUCGAGGAUGGUAAGCAUUAUGCCCUAUGGGAAGAUCCUUUCAAGAAACCUUGCUACUUGUUUGCCUUAGUCGCUGGACAGUUGGAGGGCAGAGAUGACACAUUUGUUACCCGCUCGGGUCGCCAGGUGUCACUGAGGAUCUGGACCCCUGCACAAGACGUACCCAAGACUGUACAUGCCAUGUAUGCACUGAAGGCAGCAAUGAAAUGGGAUGAGGAUGUUUUUGGUCUUGAGUAUGACUUGGACCUCUUCAAUAUCGUGGCUGUUCCUGAUUUUAAUAUGGGUGCUAUGGAAAACAAGAGUUUAAAUAUUUUCGAUUCCAAACUUGUCUUGGCAUCACCUGAAACUGCCACAGAUGGAGAUUAUGCUGCAAUUUUGGGAGUUAUUGGCCACGAGUACUUCCACAAUUGGACUGGCAACAGAGUGACAUGUCGCGAUUGGUUUCAACUCAGUUUGAAAGAAGGUCUUACUGUUUUUCGUGUCCAGGAAUUUUCUUCUGACAUGGGCAGCCGGGCUGUGAAGCGGAUAGCUGAUGUUUCAAGGCUGCGAAGUUCUCAGUUUUCGCAGGAUGCAGGUCCCAUGGCUCAUCCUGUUCGGCCUCAUUCUUACAUAAAGAUGGACAACUUCUAUACAGUGACGGUGUAUGAAAAGGGAGCUGAAGUUGUCAGGAUGUACAAAACUUUAUUGAGGAGUCAUGGAUUCCGGAAGGGCAUGGAUCUCUAUUUCAAAAGACAUGAUGGGCAAGCUGUAACCUGUGAAGACUUUUUUGCUGCCAUGCGAGAUGCAAAUGAUGCUGAUUUUGCUAAUUUCUUACUAUGGUACUCUCAAGCUGGGACACCUCUUGUGAGUGUUACUUCAUCUUAUAAUGCUGAAGCCCAUACUUUCUCCUUAAAGUUUAGUCAGGAGGUGCCACCAACUCCAGGGCAGCCAAUUAAGGAGCCUAUGUUCAUUCCUGUGGCAGUAGGUUUGCUGGACUCGACUGGCAAGGACAUGCCUCUCUCAUCUGUGUAUCAAAAUGGGAUUUUGCAGUCUCUUGCAACCAAUAAUCAACCAGUCUACACUACAGUUCUUCGAGUAACCAAGAAAGAAGAAGAAUUUGUAUUCUCUGAUAUAUUUGAACGGCCAAUUCCAUCUCUAUUGAGAGGUUAUAGCGCUCCUAUCCGCCUUCAAUCUGAUCUCCCCAUUGACGAUUUGUAUUUCCUCCUUGCUCAUGAUUCAGAUGAAUUUAACCGAUGGGAAGCUGGACAGGUGUUGGCCAGGAAGCUGAUGCUUUCCUUAGUGUCAGAUUUUCAAGAAACCAAACCAUUGCAGCUGUAUCCAAAGUUUGUGGAUGGGUUCAGAAACAUACUCGGUGAUUCAAGCCUUGAUAAAGAAUUCAUUGCGAAGGCAAUAACCCCGCCUGGUGAAGGGGAGAUAAUGGACAUGAUGGAAGUUGCAGAUCCUGACGCAGUUCAUGCUGUUCGAUCUUUUGUCAGGAAGCAGCUUGCCUCAGAACUCAGAGCAGAAUUCCUAAAUGCGGUCAAAAGCAAUAGGAGCGCAGAAGAGUAUGUGUUUGACCAUCCUAAUAUGGCAAGGCGGACUUUAAAGAAUAUUGCUCUUGCAUAUCUUGCAUUACUCAAUGAUCCAGAGUUGAAUGAGCUUGCGUUGCACGAAUACAAGACUGCUACGAAUAUGACAGAUCAAAUUGCAGCCUUGGCUGCCAUAGCCCUGAAUCCUGGUAAAACCCGUGAUGAUAUUCUGGAGGACUUUUACAGUAAAUGGCAACAUGACUUUUUGGUUGUCAACAAAUGGUUUGCACUUCAAGCGAUGUCUAACCUUCCUGGUAAUGUGAAGAAUGUUCAGAACCUCUUGAAUCAUCCGGCAUUUGACCUGCGUAAUCCAAACAAGGUAUACUCCCUCAUUGGAGGGUUCUGUGGUUCUCCUGUGAAUUUUCAUGCGAUAGAUGGGUCAGGCUACCGGUUCCUAGGAGAAUUAGUGGUGCAACUUGAUAAAUUGAACCCUCAGGUGGCCUCUCGCAUGGUGUCAGCAUUCUCAAGAUGGAGGCGCUAUGAUGAAACCCGGCAAAAGCUUGCCAAGGCACAACUGGAGAUGAUCCUGUCUUCCAACGGGUUGUCAGAGAACGUCUUCGAGAUUGCCUCAAAAAGCUUAGCUGUAUAAACAAUUUAACUACCAGAUGCCCUGCGUGUUUUUUUCGUAAUAAGAAAGUAUGUUUUGUUUUGAGGAUAACAACAGUAAGGACGAUACAAUGCUUUGGAGUUUGGACAUGUCAAUCCAUGGAACCAGUGCAGUGAGUCUGUACAACAGACCAUGCACUGUGUUUUGGGCCUUUUCCACUUAAAUUGUGAAAUUGCUUUGUGGGC